GCUUCCGCCGGGGAGGAACCCGUGCUGCUAACAUGAGUCGCUUCAAGUUCGUGGAUAUCGGUAUCAACUUGACAGAUCCUAUGUUCAGAGGAAUUUAUAGGGGAGUUCAGAAGCAUCAAGAUGAUUUACAAGAUGUAAUAGAGAGAGCUGUCCAGAUUGGUGUUAAAAAGUUUAUGAUUACAGGUGGAAAUCUGCAGGACAGUAAAGAGGCACUGCAUUUGGCACAAACAAAUGAUAUGUUUUUCAGUACAGUUGGAUGUCAUCCUACAAGAUGUGAUGAAUUUGAAAAGAAUGAUCCUGAUCUUUACUUAAGGGAGUUGUUAAAUCUUGCUGAAAACAAUAAGGGGAAAGUUGUAGCAAUAGGGGAGUGUGGACUGGAUUUUGACCGACUACAGUUCUGUCCCAAAGAUACUCAGCUCAAAUAUUUUGAAAAACAGUUUGAACUGGCAGAACAAACAAAAUUACCAAUGUUUCUUCACUGUAGGAACUCACAUGCUGAAUUUUUGGACAUAAUGAAAAGAAACAGAGACCGGUGUGUGGGGGGAGUGGUGCAUUCAUUUGAUGGUACGAAGGAAGCAGCAGCCGCCUUGACUGACUUGGAUCUCUACAUAGGAUUUAAUGGCUGCUCACUGAAAACUGAGGCUAAUUUGGAAGUUCUGAAGUCAAUACCUAGUGAAAAACUAAUGAUUGAAACUGACGCACCUUGGUGUGGAGUGAAAAGUACACAUGCUGGAUCAAAAUACAUAAAAACUUCAUUUCCUACCAAAAAGAAGUGGGAAAAUGGGAACUGUGUAAAAGACAGGAAUGAGCCCUGCCAUAUAAUUCAAAUACUGGAGAUAAUGUCAGCAGUGAGAGAGCAGGAUCCAUUGGAAUUAGCCAAUACACUAUAUAACAACACCAUUAAAAUAUUUUUUUCCUGAUGGUAUGUUCUUUCCAUUUCCCAUCAUCUAUGUAAAAUUUCAUGGUAAAACUUACUGAAAGAUUGAAUAAAGGAAUUCUCUG